GACCCGGAGCUUUGGCGCAGCGGCCGAACCCGCAGCAUCGCACCCCCCCCAAAAAAACGGCAUCUGACAACAAAAAGCGUCGCAACAAAGAAGCUGAACCUUGAAAAUUCAGAAAAUCCGCUCGAAAAAAAGAGUCUUGACAUGAUGGAAAAAUCCAACUGCCAGUACGGUUCCUUUCUGUUCUGGAGACAGCCUAUUCCAGCGCUGGACCUGUCUGAACUGGAGGAUCUGGGCUUGACGGACCCUCAGCCGGUUUUCAGUGGCGCUAAAGACAAGAUGUCCAAGCAGUGCUGUCAGGAGGAAGAGCUGACCGAGUUUUCCUCCUUCAACUACUGGAGAGCGCCACUCGCUGAUGUCGAUGCUCUGCUGGCCGACCUCAACCUUCUGCUUUGAAGAGCUCCACGCACUUGCCUGUCACUUCACCUUUGACCCCACAUGGACCCACCUCCAUCUGAUCCCCAAUCGGCUCUUCUUCAGACUAACGAUAGCCAAAUGUAACCGUUUUAUUUCACCUCCAAACUCCAUUUUUAUUUUUUUCAGUUAUUUUCACUCGGCAGGUGGAGUCAUUUAUCAGACGGUUUAAAAUUAAUGGAAAUUAUUCUGAAAUUCUACUAAAUCUCUGUGCACUUUUACUGUGCCUAAAACAAAAAAAAUGAUGCUUAAUUAUUACCUUUUCAGAGCAAAGGAUGAUCAAAAAUAUUUGUUCCAUCUUCACAGAUGUGCGUCUUAAAGAGAAUCAAAGGCUUUAGUCCAAAAUUAAGGUGAAAAAUAGACCAUUUACUGAGUAAACCCAAUAAGAUUCAAUAAAAAGUGACCUCGAUUAUGCAAGUUCCUCCAACAGUUGGUUAAAGAAAAGGAAAUAGAAAAGAAAAAGCCUUAAAUAUUUUUUGUUGAAUGUGCUUUUAGGUUUAAAUGUUAACGCUGUGGGUGGUUGAUUAUUUUACAGUAGUUUUAUUGUUGGAAAUGGCAAAUGUGGAAAUGUACACAGCAGCCCCCCACCCCCCAAUAAAAUAAAAAAAUACUGUAUAAUUCA